AUGUCAUUUAAAUCACUAUUUAUCAUAAUCAAUAUCUUUCUUAUUCAGUUAUUUCAAAUAACGUUUAUUCAUUCCAUUCCCCUGAUUGAACAAAAAGUUGCCCCUUUAAAUGAACAAGAAAUCGUUGCCACUUUAUUGCCUGAGAAAAAUAUUGAUUUUUUCAAUGGGAAGAAAACUCCUUUAUUUGAAAAAGAUAUUGUACCAUUUUAUUGUCAAGACGGAUCUAGUGCAGAGUGUUGUCCUUUUCUAGCACGUAAAUUUGCUUUGGAACACCACUCUCGUGUCGCUACAAUUGUUCUCGUUAAUCGUAGUCGUUAUCGUAUUGAACUGAUUUCUGCCAGUCUUGAAAGUGGUCGUCAUGCAGAGGCGUAUUCUAGUGUUACAAGUAGAUUUCUCGGUGGGGUGAAAGGUUUUGCCUUAUAUUACAUGAAUGACGACACGUUUACCAGUUUUGUUAUCUCCUGGUCGGUUCCAACGAUUGGCUCUCCCAUAUAUGAGAUUCAUGGUCCUUAUUUGACGGAGAAAUAUAUCAUAACUCUCGAAAGUGAUUACGAUAAUACGGUUUUUCGAGUUAUUGUUACUCAAAAGAUCUAUCCAGUUAAACCACCUGCACCACCUGCUUCAUAUUGGAUCUUUCUUACCAUGAUUCCUCCACUUUUAAUUAUUCCAUGCUUCUGCUGCUUGUUUAAAAGUUGA